AAACGUAAGAUGAAGGAACUGGAGGAUAAUUUACUGUAUAGAUUGACCUCCACUCAAGGGUCACUGGUAGAAGACGACUCGCUCAUUGAAGUGUUGAAGGUAACAAAGGUCACCUCAGAAGAGGUCAGUGAGAAGCUGACCAUUGCUGCUGAAACUGAGAUUAAAAUCAACACAGCUAGAGAAGAAUUU